UCGCUUUACAACACUGGAGACGCCACCAUGCUGUGGAAACUAGUGGAGAAUGUCAAGUAUGAAGACAUUUAUGAGGACCGGCAUGACGGCGUCUCGAGCCACGGCUCGCGCCUGUCACAGCUGGGCUCGGUGUCGCACGCGACACCCUACUCCAGCGCACCGCCUCUGUCCCAUGCACCCUCUUCGGACUUCCAGCCACCUUAUUUCCCGCCACCCUACCAGCCCCUAGCGCACUACCAGAGCCAGGAUCCAUAUUCGCACGUGAGCGACCCAUACUCGCUCAACUCACUCCACCAGAGCCAACAGGGCGCGUGGGGCACGCGGCAGCGGCAGGACGCGACAGGAGAGCGCGUGGAUAGUUCGUCACUGCUCGCUCAGCCCCGGGCCUCGCUGCCACAAAUUGGGUUGGACCCGCGCCGGGACUAUGGACACAUGCGACGGCCCGAUGUCCUGCUGCACGCGCAUCCGGGGCUGGAGCCUGGGAUGGGAGACGGGCUGCUCCACGGACUGCACGGCCUUGAGGAUGUCCAGACCAUUGAUGACACCAACGGAACCAACGUACUGGACCAGUCAGUCAUCAAGAAAGUGCCCAUGCCGCACAAGAACGUGGGCUCCCUGAUGCUGGGGAAGGACGGCCUGAUUGGCGGAGUCAGUGUCAACAUCAACGAGGUGUUCUGCUCGGUGCCGGGCCGCCUGUCUCUGCUCAGCUCCACCUCCAAAUACAAAGUGACCGUGGGGGAGGUCCAGAGGAGACUGUCCCCUCCAGAGUGCCUCAACGCCUCACUGCUGGGGGGCGUGCUCAGAAGAGCAAAGUCUAAAAAUGGAGGCAAGUGUCUACGAGAGAAGCUGGAGAAGAUCGGGCUGAAUUUACCGGCCGGGAGACGCAAGGCCGCUAACGUCACACUGCUCACCUCUCUGGUAGAAGGCGAGGCGGUGCACUUGGCGAGGGACUUUGGUUACAUCUGUGAGACUGAGUUCCCCACCAAAGCAGUGAGCGAGUACCUGAACCGCCAGCAUACUGACCCCAACGAGCUACACACCCGCAAGAACAUGCUCAUCGCCACCAAACAGCUGUGUAAGGAGUUCACAGACCUGCUGGCCCAGGACAGGACUCCUCUGGGGAACUCACGGCCCACCCCCAUCCUGGAGCCGGGCAUCCAGAGCUGCCUGUCCCACUUCAGCUUCAUCACGCACGGCUUCGGCUCUCCGGCCAUCUGCGCCGCCCUGACCGCCCUGCAGAACUACCUCACCGAGGCUCUCAAAGGACUGGACAAGAUGUUCCUUAACAACCCGCCCAACAACCGGCACGAGGGAAACAAGGGCGCGGAUAAGGACGACAAACAGCGGAAAUGA